CUUACGAAGCCAUUCAUCAUCAUAAUUUUGUCCCAAUUGCUAUACUGUCAUUAUGAUUUAUAAUGUCAGUAUAUCAAUCACUAAUCCAAGCAUUUAAUUCUUCCAUACUAUUACUAUUUCAUGAUAUGCUUCUCACUGCCUCACAUCCGUUGCUAGAUUGUGUAACCGUACUCUAUGAUCUUAAUCCCUCAUCGCAGUUAUUACCUAUAGCGCAUUUUAUCUUUCAUAUAGACAUAUUCUAAGUAAUAACUUUUAGCUUCAAUAAUAAAAUCGCCAAUCACUAGUAAGAAUACAGGAAACAGAACAAAAACCCCGGGCCACGGCACCUUCUAAAAGAGGAAAUGAUCACACCAAUGGACCCUAGUGGGUCGUGAGAGGUUUUAGUUAGCUGGUUAACACCCCCAAAGCACCAAAGCACCUUCUCUCAGUAAAUAGCGUCGCAUUGUAUUCCCCGCAUCUUCUUUUUUUUUUACUACGACUAGCAGGCCUAGUAGUACAUAACUAAUACAUAUAUUCCAUUGGGUAGGCACGAAGCCGACCUUCCCUUACCUGGGCUCUUGUUUUCGAGUGUUUACCCAAGCUAAGCUCCGCCGGCUACCUUCCUCCUUCUGUCCACCCCUUUGACACGCGAGUCGCGAUUCUACCUUUCCUCUAAAACACCGCAUCGCGACAAAGCGAAACGAAAAUAACCAUCAUAAACACCGACACGACUUCGAAAAACAACCGCCAAAAUGGUAACAACACGCUCCGCCAGCAAAGCCGCCAGCUCCCCACCCCCGUCCACCAAAUCCCCCUCCAUCCGCCCAUGGACACACACACCCUCACACCUAACACUCCUCUGGUUCGCCAUCUCCCUGCCCCUAGUAAUCUGGGACUCAGGCUACGUCCUCCUGCGCCCUCUAACCAUGGAAGGCGGUUCCCUCCACUGGCCAUUAUACGUGCCCUACAAACUCUACGGUGAAGUCGACCACGUAUACGGAUGGAAAGCGUUCCGCGCAAAAAGCGGUUUCACAUCCGCCCAGGGACUGUUGAAUGUAGUGGAGACGGGCAUGUAUUUCGUGUAUCUGUAUGUAUACUUUACGGCGGGGAAGAGGCAGAGCGGUGUUUCGACGAAGACGCUUUCCGGGCGCUCGGCGGCUGUUGCGUUGCUUUUUGCGUUUAGUGCUGCGGUUAUGACGUUGAGUAAGACGGUGCUUUAUUGGCUUCAGGAGUAUUACUCUGGUUUCGACAACAUCGGCCAUAACAAAUUCGGAGACCUCGUUCUUUUGUGGAUUAUUCCCAACGGCUUAUGGAUCGUAUUUCCCACGUACAUGGUCUAUGUCAUGGGAAGCGAGAUCAUAGAAGGAUUGGCGACGGCGUCGACUGGUGCGGCGAUCAAGUCCGAAUAAACGAAUAAUCAAUUGACGAUGUGGGUUCAGCGAGAGAGGAAGCCACUGUAAAAUGUCUACAUCGGAGCGAGGGCGUAAAGCGGACAUGACGGCAAUGACGAGACAUGAUUCUUCGCAGUAAUAUCAUACGAAGUAUUUAACUGUAAAUCACGAA